GCAACAUUGACAUGAUUAUGAUUUCAGCUGAACAUGGACCUGCUUAUGUAUAUUUGUGUGGUUGUAAUUCCAGUUAUAUCUGACGGCUUCAUUGUUAAAGGUCCCUCUGGUCCUCUGGUUGCUCCUCUGGGAUCUUCAGUGGUUUUGCCCUGUUAUGUUGAUAAACCUUUACUAACGGAGGAUCUUGAGGUGGAAUGGAGAAGAACAGAUUCAGAGACUCUGGUUCAUCUGUAUCAAGAUGGAGAGAGUCGACCAGAGGCCCAGCAGGAGGAGUAUCAUGAUAGAGCUCAUUUCUUUACUGAUCAGAUUCAACAUGGAAACUUCUCCCUCCGUCUGGACAAUCUGACAGCUGAAGAUGAGGGAAAAUACAGAUGUAAAGUUAGCAGUCAGCAGGAUUUUGGAGAGACUGUGGUUCAAAUAAAAGAUGUUGAGCGUUUGCUUGUAUCAGGAUCAGAUGAGUCCAUAUCUGUGUCUGUGGGUGAGGAUGUUACUCUGAGCUGCUCUGUAGACUCUCACAUCAAACCUGAACACAUUGAAGAGGUUUCAUGGAAGAAAACAGAUGAAGAUAUUCUGGUUCUGCUCUACCAAAACAAUGAGACUUUACCAGAUUCAUCACAUGAACAAUACAGAGACAGAGUUGAGUUCUUCACUGAUGAAAUCCCCAAAGGAAACUUCUCUCUCAGACUGAAGAGUGUCAGAACUGAGGAUAAAGGAGUUUACAUUUGUCAAGUGUUUGCUGGAGGACUUUCAGCCAAUGCAACUGCAGAACUGGAGAAACUGGGUUUCUCUGUUUCACACAUAAUGGUGCUGAUUCUCUGUGUUUCUGCAUUUGGAUUUGCACUUCUGUUUUUCUUUAUAAUCUACUGCAGCAAUAAUGAAUCCACUGCAACAAAUUUCAGAACUUUUGGGUUGCUUCAUACAUUUAUUCCAAACAUUAUAAUGUUUGUGGCUUUUAUCUUCUGGGGUCUUACAGAAGGUUUUCUGUAUGAGACGGUCUCUUGCUGUGCUCUUUAUAUUCUGAGGCCUCUGAUGUUAAUUUAUGUUGCACCAUAUUUAAAGAAGAUGUCAGAUGAAGCUCUUUUCACAGAAAUGUUCAUUUUUAUAAUAGUUUAUUGUUCAGUUAUUUUGACUCAUUCGUGGGAAACAAUUGUAUGGUAUGUUGAGAUUGACAAAGUUGUGGUAGUGGUCUUGUUUGGAGUCGUGAUGUUGCUUAUUGCCAUUGGCCUCAUUUACUUAUUGACUAAGAAAAAGAGGAAAUCCUGUGGAGAUAUAUGUAAAUGGACAUGGCAUAAAUUAGCAUUUGCAUCUGCAUUCAUCUUUGUACUUCUUCCAUCAUUACAAUUUGCUUUAGUAGCCUUCGCUUUGGGGGCUGCCAGAGGAGGGAUAUUUGUUCCCAUACUAGUUUUAGCGGUCUCUUUUCUCUCAUUUUCCUGUUUGUAUCAACUAAAGGGAGAAAAAAGCUGUUUAGAAUUAUUCAGUAAAAUAGCAUGGAUAAUCUUCAUAUUUGUUUCGAAUGCAGUAGUGAUAAUUUUCUACAUCAUAAUACUGGAAAAGGAAAGAGAUGCUGCAGGAUGGAUCUGUAUGGCUGUAUUUCAGCAAGUGCUGUGGAUGAUCACAGUAUACAUGAUCAUGGGACAUGCUAGGAAUCUGACCCUCACCUUUAAAAAGAUGUUGUAUGUGUUUGGAUCAGUUGGUGUUGUUUUACUGAACUCUGUCACACUGAUGACUGAACUGAUACUGACAACAGUUAAUGGUAAACGUGCAGUCUGUUUUCUGAGAAUCAUUGUAUUUUCCUCUGAAAGCAUCUUUGCCUUUUCUCUGCUGAUUCUGCUCAUGUUUGGACCCUGGAUUUCUGACAUGCCGUGUUGUCAGAAAGCAUUGAGGACUAAUGACAUUCCAGUCACCGGAUCACACCAAAACCAGGAUUCUCAGAAUGCAGCCGAAUCUGAAGAAACUCCCGCCAAUGGAUCAAAUCAGAACCAGGAGAGAGAGAAAUCACAUGAAAUGAAUCAUCUACUGAAUCAAGAUCAGAAGGCUGGUAUUGACGUAACAGAGGAAAAUCAGCCAGAUUCAGUGAAGUCACAAACAUAAUCAACAAUCAGAGACAGACACUACAAAAUUUGGUAAUACUUUAUUUUAAGGUGACGAACGUUACUACAUGUACUUACUAUAGUAAUGUUGUGUUCUGGGAAGGGAAUCAAGGUGAUACUUAGUAUGGUCGCUAGAGGGCAGUAAGACCUUCAAAGAAAACCUAGAGAGAUGAGCAAGAAGUUGAGUUGUUGAGUUGCUGAUGUCCUGUUUACUGAUGCUUCCUACAUUAAAGACAGAUGUUUGGAGUUAGAUUUUGUUUUCAUUAUUUUCACAUCUUAAAACAU